GGGAGGUAAGAAAAAAAAAAAAAAGAUCCUCUCGCUCUUUAUAUAAGGGGCCAAGUUGCGUGGCGUGACAAAGAGAACUCCUCAAACAACCACAACAUGGAGCCUCUCCUUCUGCUUCUCGUUUUGGGCCUCACAGGAGCGUCCUUGCUGGAGGACAACAAGCUGUGCCCGCCUCACUCCAGACCCUGGCAGGUGUCUCUCCAAAGCCGAAGGAUGAGAUGCAGCGGCGCCCUCGUAGACAAAUGGUGGCUGGUGACGUCUGCCGCCUGCGCGCCCAUAGGGACCGCCAUCAACGCGUCGUUGGGGGAACACGACGUGACGGCGGAGGAGGGCACCGAGCAGCACAUUCCUGUGGCGGAAGUCAUCCGCCACAGCCCGUACCGGUCGCCCCUCCACAGCCUGGCCCUGGUGCGCCUGGCCCAGCCGGCCCGCCUGACCCAACAAGUGCAGCCCAUCGGCCUGCCGGGCCGCUGCCCUCAGCCGGGAGAGAGCUGCAGCGUCAGCGGCUGGGGCUCCACCGUCCCCAACCAAUACGAGGAUCCGAAGCAACUCAAGUGUUUGACGGUGCCUGUUGUGGAAGAUCAAAUUUGCAUCAACACUUUCCCCGACUACAUCUUCUGGAGCUUGGGGAUGGUGUGCGCUGGCGGAGCUGACGCCACCGGCUGCUUGUAUGACAAAGGCGCAGUGCUGGUGUGCGGCGGACAGCUGCAGGGCGUGCAGUGGUUCAGUCACGGCUGUCAGAACGCGGAGCACCCCAGCGUCUACACCAAGCUGUGCAAGUACAACGAGUGGAUGCGCAGAGUGAUGGACAGCCACACGCCGACGACCACCACCACACGGGCCACGACCUUCAAGAGGCCUUGAGGGGGAGCAGGGGGGGGGGUGUCACGAAAUGCAGGGAAAACACAAAACUUGUUACUUUUUGUUUCCUUUAACAGCUGCCUUGUGGCUCAUGUGAGCAAUCAGUCAUUCAAUGAACAACUUUAAGACAGUUAACACCCAGACUAUACCUGAAGCUGUAAUUCCAUAACACUUUCAUUUCAAAUCGGUCCAAAACUUUACCUUCAAUAACAAAUGACUUUCGACAAAACGAAAUCCUUUCUUAAUAGCCAUUCUAUUCCAUUUUUUGAUAGAGCGGUGCCUUGAAAUACAAGUGCCAUGACUUGAGAAUUUUUCAAGACACAAGCAGUCACAUGACCAUAUAUAUAUUUUUUUUGGUGGGGGGGGGGGAUCUUGAGAAACAAGUGGACUUCCAAAUCACACCAGCAGAUGGGGACAGCACACUUCACAACAUCCGGCCAUCACUAAUUCGCGUUUGUUUCCUUGCCCAACAUCAGUUGACGGCAGUAAUGUGUUACGAAGCUAGUAGCCUCUAUCUUUGCAACAGCUGGAUAUGUUUACCACCCUUGCUUUACUCCCACCACGCUACAAGUCAGCUUGCAAACACCUGCUGGCCAACUCCACUAACAUGGCAUUUUUAUACUUGCUAACCCCCCGCUUAUUUACAGAUACACUAUUUCACAGUUUGGAGUCAAAUAAAUACGCUUUUUUUUGGGGGGGGGGGCAAGAAGGCUAGGUGCUUAGACCCCUUCUAUAUUUAUCUAACACUGUCAUGAACGAUUUGCCUUCCUUAAUGUCUUCCAAUUUUAAUCCUGCAGUCUCGCAUCUGAUUUUGUUUGAAAUAAACCAUGAUACACAUGUGCCUUUGCUUGA